AUGGCGGGGGGAGACCAGCGCAAAAAGAAGAAGGGCAAGGAGCGCUUGGACAAAUUUUACCACUUGGCCAAGGAGCAAGGCUACCGCGCGCGUAGUGCGUUCAAGCUGCUGCAGCUCAGUCAGCGGUUCAACCUCUUCCAGAAGAAAUGCAACAGUGUCGUCGACCUCUGCGCCGCGCCUGGAGGUUGGCUCCAGGUCGCCGCCAAGCACUGCCCGGUCGCCAGCACCAUCAUCGGUGUCGACCUCGUCCCCAUCCAGCCCAUCCGCGGCGUGCAGACUUUCACCGGAGACAUCACCUUGCCGCAGACUGCGGCGCGAAUCCGAAAGCUCGUCAAGGUCGGGGAGGUGGAUCUGGUGCUUCACGAUGGCUCACCCAACAUGGGUACCGACUGGAGCGUGGACGCGUUCAAUCAGAACGUCUUGGUGCUUUCUGCGGCGAAGCUCGCGUCGCAGAUUCUCUGUUUGGGGGGGACGUUCGUGACCAAGGUCUUCCGCUCUGCAGACUACGCGGCGCUUCUCUACGUGCUGCAGACGCUCUUUGAUCGCGUCGACGCAACCAAGCCGCAGGCAAGUCGCGCGGUCUCCGCAGAGAUUUUCCUCGUCUGCCGCGGCUUCAAGAAGCCGCAGGUGCUCGACGAGCGCCUCUUCGAGCCGCGCCACGUCUUCCUCCAGGCAGGCGACGACGGCAGAGCGGACGAGGAGGAGGCGGCGACCCGCAAGAAGCGCGCGGCGGCGGCCGGAGAGGACGCGGAGGCUGACGAUGACGCCGACGGAGAGGGGAUCUUCUUCGGCACCAAGGGCGGCAAGAAAGGCCAGUUCGCCGAGCUCGUGCGCCGCCGCGCCAAGCGCCACCGGAACGGCGACCUGCUGGCGGGGCUGCGCCGCGUCUCCGUCGACGAGUUCUUCCGCUCGAAGGACUCCACGACGCUUCUCGUGGAACAGGCGCGCGAAAUCUUCUUCCAGUCGCGGGUCGCUCCGACCGCGUCCCUCGCCGCCUCCGCGCCCGCCUCCGCACCCGCCUCCGCGGCGGCGCUGGAGCUCGAGGCGGCGGUGAAAAAUCACCGCUUGACUACGCCCGAGGUGCUCGCCUGUCUGGCGGACGUCCAGGUGCUGGGCAAGGCUGAGCUCGCCGCCCUCCUCAAGUGGCGCUUCCGAGGGAAGAAGGAAGUCUUCUUCGCCCUCGGGCUCAGCACGCGCGCGCCCGACGCCGACGCGCGCACCGGCGAAGCAGAAGCCGAAGACGAAGACCAAGCGCAAGAAGGUGAAGACGCGGAUCAAGACGAGGAAAUCGACGAGGAGCUGACGCGUCUGCAUGACACCGUAAAACGCCGGGAGGCGCGCCAGCAGAGGCGGGCGGCGCAGAAGCAGAAGCAGUUGGAGAUGCGCAAGAAGCUGACUCGGGGCGCGUUCUUUGACGCCGCCGAGGGUCCGCUGGAUCCGGAUCUUUUCCGCUUCGAUCGAAAGGCCAUCGACCUCCUGGAGAAGGAAAAGCAGCUCGUGGACGCCUCCCUGCUGCUGACCGGCGGCGAGGACGACGACGAGUGCCAGCGGCGCGACAGAAGGGCACAGCGGGGCGGCGAGGGAGAGGACAUCGCGGAGGGCUCUCAGGGGGAGAGCGACGAUGACGUUGACGAUGAAGACCUCGAUGACGUCGAUCGAAUGGAAGUUGAGCUGACGCUUGCGCACCGACUCAAGAAACAGCGUGCGAAGGAGGCGGCCGUCGCGGGCAACAAGAAGAAGGAGACGCGCAGAGAAAAAGUCACGGGCGAGUGGGUAGAAGAGCUGCAGGCCUUCCGCAACUCCGUUCAGCGCCGCGCUGGCGAGGCCCUCGCCGAGAAGCGACGCGCAGAGGAAGAAGAGGACGACGGCGAAGAGGGCGGCGACGCCGACAAGGAGGUGUUCGAUGAUGCUCCAUCGCCCGCGGCCGCGGCCGCUGGAAAGGCACACACUCAAGCCGAUCGUUGGUUUUCGCAGCCCAUGUUUGGCAGUCUGCCGUCGCUCGAGGGCGACUCCACGUCCGCGUCGCAGCCGGGAGCAGAGGAGGAAGAUGACUUCAACCCCGUUUUCGACAGCGCGCGGUUCGCUGCGGCGGACGCCGGGCAGCGCCGCGCGAAGCGGGCGAGAGACUCAGAUGACAGCGACUCAGACGAGGAGGAAGGAGACUCCACUCCACGGGAGAGCGAGGCCACAGCGAGCGAAAUCAUGCGCGAACUCGACGACCAGGAACUCCCUCAGGUCCCGCUCUCAGAGAAGCAGCAGCAGAAGAAAAAACGCGCCGCCCAGGCCGAGAAGGAGAGACAGAAGAAGCUUAGGAAAAAGCACAGCGGAGCUCACGGCGGACUCACGCCGCCUGACUCGGAGGACGAAGACGACAAAACAGGCCUGCGAGGAAGACACAGAAUUGAGGAGGUUCCCGCUCAGCAGGAGAUCCAGAAGCCUUCGGAUCCAGACGAAAUUGCGCAGAUUCAGGCCCUCGGUGCCCUCAUGGUUCAGAAGUCGACGCGCAUGGAUCUGAUCGACGGCGCCUACAACCGCUACGCGUUCAACGACGACGCGCUGCCUGAGUGGUUCGAGGAAGACGAGAAGGCGCACACGCGGCCAGAACUGCCGAUCACGAAGGAGCUCAUGCGCGAAUACCGUCAGAAGCUGCUGGACAUCAGCCGGCGACCCAUCCGAAAGGUGCAAGAGGCCCGCGCGCGGAAGAAGAUGAGAGAGCAGCGGCGGCUGCAGAAGGUGAAGAGUCAGGCUGCGGCGGUGGCGGAGUCGACGGAAUUCACGGAGGCUGCCAAGGCCCGAGCCAUCGAUAAGAUCGCUCGCAAGGCGCGACGCGCCGAAGGCAAGCGCGACAAGGACUACGUGGUUUCGCGGCGCGUCGGCGGCGGCAAGAUGGCGCAGAAGAAGGCCGGCAAGAAGGGCGAUGGAAACAACAAGGUGAAGCUCGUGGAUCGGCGCUUGAAGAAGGACAAGCGCGCGAUGAAGGCCGCCAUGAAAAAGAAGGGCGGCAAGCGCGGCGGAUUCAAAAAGAGGGGAAAGGGCGGACGAAAGUAA